AUGUCAAUCUCGUUAACGACGUCUGUUCCUCUCGAAAUCCGGCAGACACCACACAAAGGGCGCGGUGUUUUUUCAAAAUCAUCAAUUUUGUCACGUACAUUAAUAGAAAUCUCACCAAUUCUUUUGUUUUCGCAUUCCGAAUAUGAAGAACAUGGAAAACAUACAAUUUUAAAACAAUAUACUUAUCGCUGGAAAGAUGGCUAUGCAUUAGCUAUCGGUUUAGGUUCUCUAUUUAACCAUUCACGAAAUAAUAAUGUAGGAUACGUGAAGGAUUUCGAGGCGAACGUGAUCAGAUAUUAUACAUUAUGCGAUAUCGAGUCUGGAAAAGAAUUGUGUAUCAAUUAUGGUUUGAAAAAAAAAGAACGAUCUCAAGAUGAAGUGGAAGAAAUCAAUAAAUGGUUCCUUGAAGGGUUUCAAUUGGUGGAGGAGGAGGGAUUCUGGUCAGAAAAACCCGCAAGUAUUGAUGGGAUGUUAGGUGGCUUCGGCUCCAUAUCAAACCUAGACAUCAAAACUUCCGAACUCUUCCUUUCAGAGUUUACACGCGGCAAACGCGGUACCCGGAAUGUACUAACGGUCCCACCACGCAUCACGACAAAAUACGCGUGUGACUGUGGUGCCGGGAUUGGUCGCCUCACAAAAAACCUGCUCACAAAAGUGUUCGACCGUGUCGACUUAGUCGAACAAACCCCAAAAUUCAUACAACACGCUCAGAACGAGUAUCUACGACAAGAGAUUGGCACGGGUAAAGUGGGCGAAUUUUAUUGUGUUGGAUUGCAAGAGUUUUCACCUGACCCGGGGAAAUACGAUUUGAUUUGGUGUCAAUGGGUGCUUGAGCAUUUGACUGAUGAUGAUUUGGUGACGUUUUUUGUGAGAGCUAAGAAGGGAUUGCGUCCUAAUUCUGGGAUUAUUGGUGUCAAAGAGAAUGUUAACAUGAUUGGGUAUAGGUUUGAUGAGGAAGUCUAUAGCGUGACUAGAUCCGAUCAAAUAUUCAAAGAUAUAUUCAGCAAAGCAGGACUAAAGCUUCUUAAAGAAUCAACACAACAUGGGUUCCCGAAAGGUUUAUUUUCUGUAAAGAUAUAUGCUUUGGAGCCAGAAGCUUAUUAA